AUGGUGAAGUUCUUGAAGACAAACAAGGCCGUGAUAAUCCUGCAAGGCAGAUACGCAGGUCGCAAAGGAGUGAUCGUCAAGUCUUUCGACGAUGGUACACGUGACCGCCCAUACGGCCACUGUUUGGUUGCAGGGUUAAAGAAGUACCCUAGCAAGGUUAUCAAGAGGGAUUCAGCCAAAAAGACUGCAAAGAAAUCCCGGGUCAAGUGCUUCAUCAAGCUAGUGAACUACCAGCACCUGAUGCCUACUCGUUACACGCUGGAUGUGGACUUGAAAGAUGUUGUGACCGCUGAUUCUUUGUCAAGCAAGGAUAAGAAGGUCACUGCUUGCAAGGAGACGAAGGCUAGGUUGGAGGAGCGGUUUAAGACAGGCAAGAACAGGUGGUUUUUUACAAAGCUGAGGCCACCCAAGUUGAUAGCUGUGCAAGACCCAAUAGAUUACCUCCUCCUUUUAUCUUAUCAUAUGCUUUCAUGUACUGGGAAAGCUUGUAUCCUUUCAAGUGCUUCCUCGGAUGAAAUCUAG